AUGGGACCAUAGAUUGAUCCUUAAUUGUAGCAAGAUGAUGAAUUAAAUUUUCUGCUGAGUCCUGCCCAAUCUUAUCCACCUGAUUCAAUUGACAAUUUUUUUAUUUGCAAGGUCUGCCUCUAAGUUAUUUAAGAUCCUAAGGAGUGUAGCAAAUGCUAAACUGCCUUUUGUGGAAAAUGUAUUGAUGAUUGGGUAAAGUCACUAUAAAGAUAAAGAAAUAAAGGGAUCAACUGUCCAAUCAGAUGUGAAGAUGUUGAAUUCAAAGAAAUUCAUAGAUUUGCUAACGAGAGAUUAAAAUAAACUUAAUUCAAAUGUUCAUAUAUUGGCUGUCAACAGGUCAAUACCUAUGAAUUGGCUAUAAAGCACUCUGAGAUUUGUGAUUACAGAGUCAUAAAAUGCGCAUGCGAAUAGACAUACCAGCUUGGAUAAAUUAACUUGCAUGCUUAGUAAUGCGAUAAAGUUAGAAUAAAAUGCCAAAAAUGCAAUAUAUUUUAUCUAUCAAGUUAAAAAGAUCAGCAUGAUUGCAUUUCUACCUACAAAUAAAUUGUCAACAAAUAUAGGAAUUAGCAAGAUAAAUUGAUUAAGAUGAUAAACGUGUUUUGUCCGAACGGACAUUGCCUGUUUCCUUAAGUUGGGCCUGCAGAAUUUCAUAUUAAAUAAUAUGGAUUUCACGGAGGAAACACUUAGUGUGACUACUGUAGGAGAUCAAUGCUAUAGAAGGACAAGCUAUACUGGAGAUGCUAAGAACUUUGUGAUUAUGACAUUUGCCACAAAUGCAUUUAUACUAUUAAGAAAUGA